CACGGCGGCGGCGCCCGGAGACGGCGGCGGGGGCCGUGGGGGGACAGCUCGCAGGAGCUGCAGGCUUUCCGUGACUAUGGAGAGAGCUGGUACCGCUCCCACAAGGCUGAGAGCCGCUUCCAGCCGCAGGAGCCGCUGGCCCGGCAGCCGCAGUGGGGGCAGCGGGGCCGGAGGCGGGGAGUGACGGCGGAAGCGCGCUGCAAGCUGGUCAGCUGGCUCAUCCCCGUGCACCGGCACUUCGGGCUCUCCUUCGAGGCCCUCUGCCUGGCCGUCAACAUCCUCGACCGCUUCCUCGCCACCACCCCCGUGGCCGCCGAUUGCUUCCAGCUCCUAGGGGUAACGGCGCUGCUCAUCGCCUCCAAGCAGGUGGAGGUGCACCCUCCCAGCGUGAAGGAGCUCCUCGCCCUUUGCUGCGGCGCCUUUACCCGCCAGCAGCUCCGCAACUUGGAGUGCAUCGUCUUGCACCGCCUGGGCUUCGACCUGGCGGCGCCUACCGUCAGCUUCUUCCUGGAGCACUUCAGCCAGGUGGCGGCUAGAGGCGCGGGGGGCCGACGCGCGGAGGCGGCGGACGCCCGGAGCCUGGCGGGAAGCGUCGCGGAGCUCAGCCUGGCCGACUACGCCUUCACCAAAUACGCGCCGUCCCUGCUGGCCGCCGGCAGCCUGGCUGGCGGACCGCUGCUGCGACACCGCAGCCCUCUGGACCUGCGAGUCAGCGGCUACUCGGAGGAGACCCUGCGGGACUGCAUGGACCAGUUACAGCUCCUAGUGUCUCUGAACGGGCGGUCCCUGCCGCUCCUCCUGCCCCCGGAGGUGGCCCAGAAGUGCCACUGGCUGGGGCGUGACGGCUGAGGGCGAGUGGCGGCCGCGCCAGCCCUCGUAACU